UUUGUGUGAACUAACCCUUUAAUAUUAUAGUAUUGUGCAAGUAAGGGCUCCCUAUUUAGUUUACAGCAUUAGCUGAGAUAGAUUUUUAAUUAUAAUUGAAUGAAUUUAAAGACAAAGGCACAGUUUGCUCAGUAAAUUGCUGUUUAAUAAAACAUUUUUUUUUGAACAUUUUUCUCACCCUGCUGUACCGAACUGUGACUUCAAAACUGGGGUACAUACCGAUCCGUCAUUUUUGUGUACCGUUACACCCCUACUACUUUUCAUUGACCUGACCAAGCAGAAAAGGUAUGGCAGCCGCCACAUCCUGCCAUACCCAACUGACGCUUUUCCUGGACCUGGUUUGCAACAGCGUUUAGGAAGGUGGCACAUGUUAAAUUUACGUCCACACGAAUGGCCGGACCCAGGGUUUCCCAGCAGAACCUUGCCCAGAGCAUUGGACCAGGCAACCAUAUUCCACUGCUCCAAGGUCCAGUUCUGACACUAUCGCCGGUUUGUGGUUUGUCCCUCCUCAGACCACUGAUGUGUUUCAGACAAGCAGACCACAGUUUGUACCAACCCAAACGUGACAAAGAUGAACCGGAGGAUGCUCUGUAUCACCCUCUUUGUUGCUGUACUGCCUUGUAUGGCUAAAGAGUUUUCCGCACCAGUGAUGAAGCUGAACUUCUCUCCACUGAACCAGUCUGAGAUGGUCUGGUCAGCUAACAAACGCUUCAAUCUGAGCUGCGACGGACAGGCGGAUAUCAUAUGGAAGACGAGGCGCCGCAGCCACCAGAAAAACGUCGAUCGAAACGUCCUCACUGUCCGAAACCCCACUGCAGAUCACACAGGAACAUACAGCUGCAGUUACAAGAAUCAAAAAGACUUGUACUCAGAGAUCCACAUAUAUGUUAAAGAUUCUUUCAAAGCUUUUACUACCCCUACAAAAAAACACAUAAUUGAAAAAGAAGGCUUAAACUACUUGCUGGACUGCUUGGUGACAAACCCAGAAAGUACAGACUUCUCACUCAAGAUGGAAAAUGGAUCAGCUGUCCCAUCCGAGAUGAAUUAUACUGCAGAUCCCAAACGUGGCAUACUGAUACAAAAUCUUCAUCCUAGCUACAACGGAGGUUAUGUUUGCACUGUGAAAAUUAAUGGAGUCCAAAAGAUGUCUGAUGUCUUCCAAAUCACUGUCAGGAAAACAGCACAACACCCACCAUUGCUGUCACUUCCAGCUGAUCAGUAUGUGCGACUUGUUGGUGAAACGCUGCAAAUCCCUUGUCACCUGAUAACCCAAGAUCAUUCGUAUAACAUCACCUGGAGUUCAUCAGAAAAGGUACUGAAUCAUAAAAAGUCACACAAUAAGUGUGAUGGAGUGGCGCAGUGUAUCGAUGCCCUUUUGACUAUUCAUCAAGUCAACAUGUCUGAAACAGGGAAUUUAACCUGCACCAGUCACAAUGAAGCUGGAAAAAGCAGUGUUACAGCAGUUCUUACAGUUGUUGAUCAGCCUUACAUUAAACUUACUUCCAUCCUGUCCUCUGAAAACAAGGUGAAUAGAACGGAUGUUGAGGUGAUGCAAGGGGAUACUGUUAAACUUGGUGUGGAAAUUGAUGCAUAUCCUGAAGUUGAAUGGACAUUUUGGAAAACUCCCAAAUCGAAUCACACCCAUGAGGAAACCUUUCACCAGAUAAAUAAAAGUAUCAGCUAUAUGUCAACAAUCCUGCUGAGAAAAGUUAGAGUACAAGAAAAUGGUCACUACAUCUUCACAGCCAGAAGUGCCAGUGUCAAUGCCUCAAUCGUUUUUGAUGUUCAUGUCUACCAGAAGCCUAAUACUGAAAUUAAGUGGGAAAAUGGAAUUGCCACUUGUGUGGCGAUUGGUUAUCCUGUACCCAGGAUCCAGUGGGUCCAUUGUGAAGAAGAUACCAAAACUAUGUGUAGAUACAUCAAUACAUCAGCUGUGGAAUUAAAAGCCAACCAGUCCACUUUGGGCGAAGACAGAGAGUAUGAACCAGAGCAGGUGAACAGUGUGUUACCAGUGACUAACGCAAAAACUAAUUCAACUUUUCAGUGUGUGGCUACAAACAUUGCCGGAGAAGAUCGUGAUACCUUCACCUAUACAAUUUCAUAUGUUCCUGGAAAUACAUCAGGGUGGUCAACUUCAGUGUUGAUCACUGUUGUUCUUUCUGGAGCCUUCGCUGUGGUGAUCUUAUGGAUGUUGAUCCUCUUCCUCAAGCACAGAGAGGCACAGAAAUAUGAAAUCCAAUGGAAAAUCAUUGAGGUGAAUGAUGGGAACAAUUACACAUUCGUUGACCCCACCCAACUUCCAUACAACAAAAAACUGGAGUUUCCCCGAAAUAAGCUGAAGCUUGGACAAGUUCUAGGAGCAGGAGCUUUUGGGAAGGUGGUGCAAGCAACCGCUUAUGGGCUUGUCAAGGACGAAACUGUUACACGAGUGGCAGUAAAAAUGCUCAAGCCUAGUGCCCGCUUUGAAGAAAAAGAAGCACUCAUGUCUGAGCUGAAGAUCUUAAAUUAUAUUGGGCCACAUGAAAACAUAGUCAAUCUGCUGGGGGCAUGUACUCAGGAAGGACCGAUGCUGAUGAUCACAGAGUACUGCUGCCAUGGUGACCUCCUCAACUUCUUGCGUCAACGAGCAGAAACAUUUGCAAAUACUUUUCUUGGUCUUCAGAGUUUCCCAGAGGAUUCAAACCUCUACAAGAAUGUGACAGUUCAAAAGAGCCAUUCUGCAAGGAUCACUUGUUAUGGCCCAGAGAGCUACAAUGACGCACAAUCAACACAGAUGUCAAAAGACCUUUGUCAGGAAUCUUGCCAUGAAGGAGGGAAGGACACAUGGUCAUUGGAUAAUAUUGAUUUGCUGAAGUUCUCCUAUCAAGUGGCACAGGGCAUGGAAUUCCUAUCCUCCAAAAAUUGUAUUCACAGAGAUUUGGCUGCACGGAACGUUCUUGUGGCUGACGGCUACAUUGUAAAGAUCUGUGAUUUUGGCCUUGCGCGAGACAUCAUGAAUGACUUGAAUUAUGUGGUGAAGGGGAAUGCACGGCUGCCAGUGAAAUGGAUGUCGCCUGAAAGCAUUUUUGAAUGUCUUUACACAGUACAGAGUGAUGUCUGGUCAUAUGGCGUCCUUUUGUGGGAGAUCUUUUCCUUGGGUAUGAGUCCUUACCCUAAUGUUGUGAUUGAUGCACAGUUCUAUAAGAUGAUUAAAGAUGGUUAUCACAUGCCACAGCCAGAUUUUGCCCCUCAUGAAAUGUACACAAUGAUGAAAAAGUGCUGGAGCCUGGAACCAACUGAGCGUCCGACCUUUGCCGACAUCAGAGAAUUUAUUGCAAACUUGCUGCCAAAGCAAUCCAGCCAGCAGAACUAUGAACCCAUGUAUCCAGAGAGGCGCCUGAUGGCAAAAGCCCCAGUCAGCAGAGAGGAGACCCAGCCUUUAAUGAGGAACAGUUUGAUCUAACAAAACAUGUUUCACUUUUUCAUGUCUGUAUUUAGAACUAGAGCUAACAAGACAAGUUCAAUUUCCAUAUGUGUUUUGUUUUUACAGUGAUAACAUUGGAAUUGUAUUUUCUGAUUCUCUUAUAGCAGAUAAUUUAGUAUUUUACAUUUUAAAACCAUGGUAGCUAACACUUUAUGAAGCAUCUUUCCCACUUCUGUUUGCAAAUAUGUUCAUUCUUUCUUUGGGGCAUUUAUUUAUUUAUUUUAUUUUUGCUUUUUGGAUGCUUUUCCUUUUUGUCACUGAUUGUAAUUGAUAUCUGUAAACUAGUAAAAAAUAACUAAACUACAGCAUCAUUUUUUUUUCUUUCAAACUGCAAACACGUGCUGUAUCAUAUGCUUUUAAGCAUUUCAAAACACAUUUGAAGAAAAAAACAUGCUUAUACCUUCACCUUGUAACGGAUGUAUGUUUUUGUUCUUUUAUAUUAUGCAUUUAUUCUUGUUUUGAGUUGUGUGUCUGUGUUGUUUUGCCUGUCUUUUUUUUAAAUGGAUGCACUGAAUAUUAUAGUAUCACUUUUCUUUGAUGUUUAAGUUAUUUUGUCUUUUUUAUAUUGACUAUUUUUGUUUGUUAUUUUGGGCCGUGGGACACCCUGAAGUUUCUACACUCACUGGUCUUUCUUUUGUUACUCCGAAGCUCUCAACUUUACAUAUUUUUUCCAACAUUAAAAUGUUUAUCAGA